AUGACAAUGGAUACAGAGAAGAAAAUACAGCUGAAGAGACAACUUGGAUAUUUCUGGGGGACAAAUUUUCUAAUUAUUAAUAUAAUUGGUGCAGGAAUUUUUGUGUCCCCCAAGGGGGUGCUGGAGUACUCUUGCAUGAAUGUGGGAGUCUCCUUGUGUAUUUGGGCUGUCUGUGCGGUGCUGUCCAUGACCAGCACUCUCUGCUACGCAGAGAUAGGGGUAGCCUUCCCAUACACUGGGGCUCACUACUAUUUUAUCAAGAGAUGCUUCGGCCCUUCCACAGCAUUCCUGAGACUUUGGACCACCUUGUUUCUGGGCCCAGGAGUAGCUGCUGGCCAAGCACUGCUACUCGCCGAGUACGGCAUUCAGCCUUUCUAUCCCAGCUGUUCUGCUCCCAAUCUACCAAAGAAAUGCCUUGCCCUGGCGGUGCUGUGGAUUGUGGGAAUUCUGAAUUCUCGUGGUGUGAAAGAGCUGUCAUGGCUUCAGACAGUGAGUACCGUGCUGAAGAUGGGCAUACUGGGCAUCAUUUCCCUCAGUGGCGUGUUCAUGCUGGUGAGAGGGAAGAAGGAGACUGCGGGAAGGCUUCAGAAUGCUUUUGAUGCAGAGUUUCCAGAGAUCUCUCAGAUUAUAGAAGCUGUCUUCCAAGGAUACUUUGCAUUUUCGGGUGGGGAAAGCCUUUCAUUUGUAGCAGGGGAGCUGAAGAAACCCAACAAAACAAUUCCUAAAUGCAUAUUUACAGCACUGCCUCUGGUAACUGUGGUGUAUUUACUGGCUAACAUUUCCUACUUGGCAGUUCUGACGCCCAGGGAAAUUCUCGCUUCAGAUGCUGUGGCUCUUACAUGGACUGACAGAGUCAUCCCCCAAUUAACAUGGACUGUUCCCUUUGCUAUUUCUGCCUCAUUGUUUAGCAACCUUGUGGUUAAUGUACUUGAGACAGCGAGAAUGGUAUAUACUGCAGGCGAGCAUGGCCAGCUGCCCUUGAUGUUUAGUACCCUUAAUGUUCACUCAUCCCCCUUCAUAGCUGUGCUUCUAAAUGUCAGUAUAGGAUCCACUGCAAUCGUCUUAACAAAUUUAAUUGAACUGAUAAAUUAUCUCUAUUUUGUUGCUUCCAUUUGGAAUAUGUUAACCAUGAUGGGAAUCCUGAAAUUGAGGUACCAGGAGCCCAAUCUACACAGACCUUAUAAGGUGUUUUUACCAUUUGUAUUCAUAGCAAUGGCCAUCAGCCUGUGCUUGGUCUUGAUUCCCCUUGUCAAGUCUCCAAAGAUGCAUUACAUCUAUGUGCUCCUCUUCCUUCUCAGUGGACUGCUGUUUUACGUGCCUUUGAUACACUUUAAAGUGAAGUUGGUUUGGUUUGAGAAGCUGACUUGCUAUCUGCAAUUACUGUUUAAUAUUUGCAUCCCUGAUGUGUCUGAUGAGCAAAUGUCAGAAGUAGGAAAUUGAAAGUAAUAGCCUUUUAUAACCACACCAUGUUCCAGAUAAAGGUUAAGUGUAGGCUAGAAUAGUAGUAGUGGCAACUCUUGAAACUGAAAUGGUGCAUACAAAAGUACCCAGGAAGUUCCUGGCUUUAAAAUGGAAAAGAAAGGGGUUGGGGAGAAGGCUCUGCUGUUAAGGGCACCAGUUGCUUUUCCAGAGGACUGGGGUUCAAUUCCAAGCCCUCAAAUGGAAGUUCACAACUAUCUGUACUUCAGUCACGGGGGAAUCCAAUGCCCUCUUCUGGAUUUUGCAGGCACUGCAUCCAUAUGGUGUACAGACAUACAUGUAGGCAAAACACCCAUGCACAUUUUUUAAAA